AUGGAAAGCGAAAAUAAAACAACAAUUUCAUCAAAUGAUUGUGGUAAUAUUUGCCGUAUUUGUCUCUCAACAAAUCAAAAUAACCAAUGUAUUUUCGGUGUUAAACGAUGUGAUUCGAUUAACAAAGAUACAAUUGAUUUGUCUGAGAAAUUUCGUUUAUGCAGUGGUGUGGAGAUACUGGAAAAUGAUGGUUUACCUACAACUAUUUGCAUGAAAUGUAUAUUAAAGAUCAAUGAUGCUCAUGAAUUAAGAAAGCAGUGUCAGCAAUCUGAUCUUCGAUUAAAGAAAUUAUAUGGUAAAGUGGAAAAGACAUAUAAUAUCAACUUUUGUAAGAUUACAAAAGAUCAAUAUUGUCAAACUGAUUAUUCCUUUACUUCUGAUUUAAUCAAAAUUGAAACUGAAACUUUUUCUGCAAUGGGUUAUAAUCCUUAUUCAAUGAUAAUUCAUAAUUCUGAUACUAAAGAUAUAAAAGAUCAUAAAGUAAUUAAUGAAUCUAAGUAUGUAGAAGAUGAAGAACCUAAUAGUAACUUAAAUAAACAGAAUGCUCAUAUUAAAUGUAAACAAACAGAAUAUGAGAAAAAUGUUACAGGGAGAGAAGUUUAUCGAACAAGAAGAAUAACAAUGUUUAAAAGAGUAACAUCUAUAGAAAAUUUAAAAAACCACAAAGAAAGACAAAGGCAGUACAUAAAAAAGAAUACAACUGUUAAAUGGGAUGACAAUGCAACAGAUAUUAAAAAAACAGAUUCUCAAAAUUCUUAUGUUUGUCCAAAAUGUUCUAGAUGCUAUUCUAGUAAAAGAUCUUUGGAUAGACAUGUAUUAACACAUAACGAAAAGAAAUUUAUAUGUGACAAAUGUAAUAAACACUUUUUUCAACUUGAUAAAUUGUUACAGCAUAGCAAACUGCACAUAAUAAAAGACAAACCUAAACCAGUAUUAUGUAAAAUAUGUAAUAGAAAUUUUAGAAAAACUGAUACUAUGGUAAGACAUUUAAAUGUUCAUAAGAGAACUAACCCAAAAGAAGUUCUUUCCAUUCUAAAAGAAAUUAGGGACAAAAGAAAAUUAGAAAAUACAAUUGAAUUAAAAGAAAAACCCACUCAAGUUGAAAACAGUAAAGAUAAAAAAGAUAUGGGAAAAGAAUUUACAACUAAUGAAAGUAUUACCUUAAAUAUCCACAAAAAAAAAACAUUAGAAUCUAAAGACAAAAGGUUCAAUUUUAAUUUAUCAUCAUCAUCAGAUGUUGCUAAUGAAAAUAUUGAUUCUUCUGACCACGAAACACUUUAUCGAUGUAACUAUUGUACGAAGCGUUAUGCGAGCGAAAAGUCACUACAAAAGCAUUUACAAAUGCAUGUUGAAAAGAAAUUUAUUUGCAAUGUAUGUAACAUGAAAUUUUUCCGUCAAGAUAGAUUAAAUAGCCAUAAAAAUCGAUACGGGCACAAUGAAGAUUCAGCAUCCUUAGAAGUACAAAAACCAUUUGAUGAUAAAUCAGCUAUAAAAUUAAUAAAUAGUUGGAUUAGAGAGGAGCUUGAUUCAGAUAAUGAAGAAAAGGGCUUCCCUUGUAAAAUUUGUGGAAAAUCAUAUGAUACAAAAAAGUCUUUGUUAAAACAUCAAUUGAGUAUGCAUAAUGCAGAAGAAGAAAACUGUGUGACAUGUGGUAAAAUGUGUACCUGUAAUGAAAAGGAGAAAGACCAACACAAGUUAAAUGAAAGAUUAAAACCAUAUCAAUGCGAUGAAUGUAAUAAAUCUUUUGAAAAGGAAGUUAAAUUACAGAAACAUAUAAGAAUUCAUGAGCGUGCUAAAGAACAACAAGAUGUAAAUUUUAAAAGGUUUCUGUGUCACAUAUGUAGCAAGACCUUUAGGCAAAAUACAGGUCUCAUGUUCCAUAUGAGGACACAUACAGGGUAUAAGCCUCAUGUUUGUAAAUAUUGUGGAAGAGGAUUCACAUCGAAUUCAAACUGUAUUAAUCAUGAAAGGACCCAUACUGGUGAUAGACCAUUUGUUUGUCAUUUCUGUAGUGCUGCUUUUGCCAAGUCAUGUACACUUAAAGCACACAUUACAACGCAUACUGGGGAAGCAAAUUAUCAUUGUAAAACUUGUGGUAAAUCAUUUAGAAGAUUGAAGUACUUAAAAGAACACAAAUUUACACAUACAGGAGAAAAACCAUAUGCUUGUAAGAUCUGUGGUACUGCAUAUAGCCAUUCUGGUAGUUUAUUUGUCCAUGAAAAAAAGUGUAAAGCGCAAUAUAACAGCUAUCAAUCUAACUCAGCACAAAAUAUGCAAACCUACAGUGAAUCUGAAACUUCUUCACCGAGCGUAACCCCUAUCAUCACAGUUUUACCACAGGUAUAUUUGAAUAAUACCAAUGCAAUGAAUACACAAAAUAGUAAAACAUACAUCGACAAUAUUCAGAAAAUAAAUUCUCAGAAUAUUGCUAAUAUAAAUAAUGUCAAUACAUCGGAUUUACAUAUUCAUUCGAAUUCGGAUAUUUCUGAUGUUUCUUUAGCUGUUAAAAGUUUCGCUCUUAUUGGACAAAUGUUCCAAUCGUAA